CUUCACAUUAGAGCCGGGAAGAGCCGAAGUGCAACAUGGCGUCCAAUAGUGGGACUAAGAAUGAUUUUCGGCGCAAGUGGGACAAGGAUGAAUACGAACAGUUGGCCCAAAAGCGACUCACGGAGGAAAGGGAGAAAAAAGAUGGAAAACCUAUUCCACCAGUCAAACGAGAGCUCCUCCGUCACAGAGAUUACAAAGUUGAUUUGGAGUCUAAACUGGGAAAGACCAUUGUCAUCACUAAAACUACACCACAGGCUGAGAUGGGCGGGUACUACUGCAAUGUUUGUGAUUGUGUGGUGAAAGAUUCCAUCAACUUUUUGGAUCAUAUUAAUGGCAAGAAACAUCAGAGGAACCUGGGAAUGUCAAUGCGAGUAGAGCGCUCUUCGUUGGACCAGGUUAAAAAACGGUUUGAGAUGAACAAGAAGAAGAUGGAGGAAAAACAGAAGGAGUACGAUUUUGAGGAACGAAUGAAGGAGUUACGAGAAGAGGAGGAAAAGGCAAAAGCCUACAAAAAAGAAAAGCUAAAAGAAAAGAAGAGGAAAGCGGAGGAAGACCUUAAUUUUGAAGAGGAUGAUGAAAUGGCUGCUGUAAUGGGGUUCUCAGGGUUUGGUUCCUCCAAAAAGAGCCACUGAUUCUAAACUCCUGUUAUGCAUCUCCUUACAAAGGCCAUUCCUUCACAUUUCUUUUUGAGUGGCGGACUGCUUAAUUGUCAGCUAAAGAGAGAGAAGAAAUUUCUCAGUUGUUCUUGACUGGACUAUAUGAUUUUUGUGCCCCCCAACCCAGCAAAUCAUCACUCAGAUUUUCCACCCAAUAGUUAUUUGAUUACAACUUUUACAGUAACUUUUACAGUAAUCAUACAAUUGUAUUGUAUGAGCUGAAAUUUACUAGGUUCAUUCUUGUAAGUAUACCAUUCUUGUAAGUUUCUUUUUUUUAAUUUGUCCAGCCUCUCUUGUAGAUUGAGUUAUAGACUAAAGCAAUAUGACAUCACUGAAGCUAUAAUAAUUUGUUUUUGUUGACAUAAUCUUGUCUGUUCAUAUCUGCAAGGUGAAUGAGAAUGUAGAUACUAUAGGAAAUAGGCCAGCAUAGAAUGAAUAACCUUGCGGAUACAUUUCUCUAAAUUUCUCUAAUGAGCUCUUGCAGAUAAAUUAUAUUGUAUUUUAUGUUUGUUUUACAUUAAAAACAUUACAUUUUUAUUUAGUUUUCAAUAAACUUUAAAUGCCCACUGAAA